AUUCCGGCCUGGAUGACAGAGUGAGACUCCGUCUCAAAAAAAAAGAAAAAAGAAAAAAAGGUACCCUCUGCCUUAAUAGCAUGGGUUAAGUGUUACUCAGAUGAAGCACAGAGCAUACGGAAAACAGAGAACUUCUCAGAUGAAGCACAGAGCAUAUGGAAAACAGAGAACUUCUCAGGUAUAUGAAGUUUAUAGAAUCUCGGCUUUAAAGGAAUUUUUGAACUUAAAAACAUUUAAUUUAAAAACUAAUUUAAAAUACUAGUUUGCUUGUGGGGCUUGAUUUUCCUUUUAAUAGUUAUUCUCAUUGGUUGUGGUGCCCUUUCCUGGGGCAUUUUGGUUGGCAUGGUUAUGGGAAGGGCGCUACUGGCGUUUAGUUGGGGGCAAGCAGAGGUGCCAAAUGCCCUGUAAUGAGUGAGGCAGUCCAAGAAAAUGAAGAAUUGACCCUUAUACUUGGGAAUUUCAUAUCUUCUUCUGUAGGAGCAAUAUGAAUCUAUAAUAUGUCUUCUAAUGAACUGUGUCUGAGAAUUUACAUACUGAAAUACCCGUGAUCAAAUACUUUCCUUUGGGGCAUCAUGAUGAUUUUAUAAAAUUAAAUGUGUAAGUAGGUUACAUGAUCUAUGAAUUUCAUCUCAAUAUUAUGAAGGGCGUAUAAUAAAAUGGUUUACAUAUUUAUUUAGAUGAGGUGUUGAAUUUGAUAAGGCUGAGAACUGCGUCUCUACAGUAGUCAUAUAAAACAGUUGCUCAGUAUGUGCUCUGUCACUCUUGAAGAUGAGGAAGCCAUUCCAUCUGCAGGCAGCUGUUUGCACCUACCUCUCAGACAGUUCUUCCUUAUACUGAGCCGUGGACCUCUCUCCCUCCACAUCUAAUGUCUAAUUCUAGGUUUACCUCUUUGGAGAUCUGUCUAUCAAGCCUAAAUCCUUUAUUGGAUAAAGAUCCUUCAGAUGUUUAAAAACAGCUGUCAUUUAAUCCAAGUCUUCUCUCCUGACCAACUCCUUUGACUAAUAUUCUUAAAAUCUAGUUUUAUGCCAUUUAACCAUCCUGUUUGUUCUAAUUUCCCUAUAGUGUGAGAUACCUAGAUAAAUGCAGUAAUCCUGAUGGAGUCUAAUCCUCAAAAAGGGUGUGACAGACUAUUAUAAUCUGUUUAUUCUGGGUUGAUAGCACUAGUGGGUUUUUUGGAGGGGGGUGGGGAGGAAAGUGCACAGUGGAAUUACCCUACUGUAAUUCCAUAUAUGAACCUUACUGUCAUCUAAAACCACAAAUCAUAUUCACUUAUGCUAACACUAAACUGUACCGCUCUCAUUUCUUAGUACCUCACCAGUAAAACCUGAGAUUCAUUGGGAGCAAAUUUCCACCUCAUAAUAAUUGACUCCUUUCUCCAGACAGCCAAGGGCUUUUGAAUCCUAAUGCUGCUAUCCAGGAUGUUAUUAAGUACCUACCUCUCCAAAUGGCUGAUAAGGGAGGCCUCUAUGUUUUUGUUCAAGUUAGUGGGAAAUAUACUCAUGAGGACAGAGCAUAAGAAAAAAUACUGUAUUAAGCUAUUAACGUUCCCUCUCCAGGUUCAGAAUGGAUUUCAGCUCUCAGAGCAACUGAGGUUGGUCAGUCAGUCAACACAUACCUCUUGGUACAGUGAUGCAGUGAUUUCCUUUAUUCAUCUAAUCAUAUAAACAUCCACCUACACACCCAACCCACAUUUCUCCAUCUUAUCCAUAAGCAGACAAGAGAAAUUUAUCAAAUGCCUCUUAAGUGCAGUUACAUGUGUUUUCCUCAUUUUCCUAAUCCACUAGAAUAGUAGCUAUGUCAGGGAGGGAAAUUAGGUCAGUGUGAUUUGACUAAGCCAGCAUUCCCUGAAUGUCCUCUCUUCUACCAGCCCUUGCACUCCAGCCAUACCAGAUCACUCAGGAUUCCCCGAACACCACACAUUCCUGCCAGAGGCUUACACAUCCUCAUUCUGCCUGAUAAGCCUGACCUCUUCUGCAUCCACCAUCUGGGAAACUCCUGCACCUCCUUCCCAGCCCAGCACUGGCGUCACCUGUGACAUUGCCAGGACACUCCUUCGCUUUGAGGCAGUGGUUAUGACUCACUAUUAAAAAGAGGGACUUUUUCCAAAUACUUUGCACUUUUGAUUGUGUAUUAUGGAUACCAAGGAAGAGAAGAAGGAACGGAAACAAAGUUAUUUUGCUCGAUUGAAAAAGAAAAAACAAGCCAAACAAAAUGCAGAGACAACCUCAGCUAUGGCUACAAGGACUCAUACUGGGAAGGAAGAUUCCAAUACAGUAGUUUUAGAGCCAGACAAGUGCAACAUUGCUGUGGAAGAGGAAUAUAUGACUGAUGAGAAGAAAAAGAGAAAAAGUAAUCAGUUAAAGGAGAUUAGGCGUACAGAACUAAAGAGAUAUUAUAGUAUCGAUGACAAUCAAAACAAAACACAUGAUAAAAAAGAGAAGAAGAUGGUGGUUCAGAAGCCCCAUGGGACUAUGGAAUACACUGCUGGAAAUCAGGACACCCUAAACUCCAUAGCACUGAAAUUUAACAUCACUCCCAAUAAAUUGGUGGAACUAAAUAAACUUUUCACACAUACUAUUGUUCCAGGCCAGGUCCUUUUUGUGCCAGAUGCCAACUCUCCUUCCAGUACCUUAAGGCUAUCAUCAUCCAGUCCUGGUGCUACUGUCUCUCCUUCAUCAUCAGAUGCAGAAUAUGAUAAACUGCCUGAUGCUGACUUAGCACGAAAGGCCUUAAAACCCAUUGAAAGAGUCUUAUCAUCUACUUCUGAAGAAGACGAGCCAGGUGUGGUGAAAUUUUUAAAAAUGAAUUGUCGAUACUUCACCGAUGGAAAGGGUGUGGUUGGCGGUGUCAUGAUUGUGACUCCUAACAACAUCAUGUUUGACCCUCAUAAGUCUGAUCCUCUGGUUAUUGAAAAUGGGUGUGAGGAGUAUGGUCUCAUCUGCCCCAUGGAAGAGGUGGUUUCCAUUGCGCUCUACAAUGACAUUUCUCACAUGAAGAUCAAAGAUGCCUUGCCAUCUGACCUACCUCAGGAUCUUUGUCCUCUGUACAGGCCUGGAGAAUGGGAAGACCUGGCUUCAGAAAAGGAUAUCAACCCAUUCAGUAAGUUCAAAUCUAUCAACAAGGAAAAACGACAGCAGAAUGGAGAGAAAAUCAUGACUUCGGAUUCCAGACCAACAGUACCUUUGGAGAAGUCCACAGAACACACACCUACAAAGCCCUCAGGCAGCUCUGUGUCAGAGAAAUUAAAGAAACAGGAAUCUUCUAGGGAGACAUCCCAUGGCUCUCCCACAGUGACUAAGCUUAGCAAGGAACCUUCCAACACUUCUGCUGCAUUUGAAUCUACAGCCAAAGAAAACUUUCUAGGGGAAGAUGAUGAUUUUGUUGACUUGGAAGAACUUUCUUCUCAAACUGAUGGUGGAAUGGACAAAAAAGACACCUCAAAGGAGUGCCUUUCUCUUGACCCAGAGAAACGAAAGAAGGUUGAGUCACAAAUAAACAAUUCAGCCGUGGAAAUGCAGGUGCAGUCUGCUCUAGCCUUUUUGGGAACAGAAAAUGAUGUUGAACUGAAGGGGGCGCUAGAUUUAGAAACCUGUGAGAAGCAGGAUAUAAUGCCAGAAGUGGACAAGCAGUCUGGUUCACCAGAAAGCCGGGUAGAAAACACUCUGAACAUACAUGAAGAUCUAGAUAAAGUUAAACUCAUUGAAUAUUACCUAAAUAAGAACAAAGAAGGGUCACAGGUAUCUGAAAAUUUGCAGAAAACAGAAUUAAGUGAUGGAAAAAGUAUUGAACCAGGGGGAAUAGACAUUACCCUUAGUAGUUCUCUUUCCCAGGCAGGCAAUCCCCUAACUGAGGGCAACAAAGAGCCAGAUAAGACCUGUGUGAAAGAGAGAGAGCCCCUCCCAGUAAAACUGAACUCUUCUACAGAAGAAAAUGUGAUUAAAGAGGCUCUAGACUCCUCUUUGGAAUCUACUCUGGACAACAGCUGUCAAGGUGCACAAAUGGAUAAUAAAUCUGAAGUUCAGUUGUGGCUGUUAAAGAGAAUUCAGGUACCCAUUGAAGAUAUACUUCCUUCAAAAGCAGAAAAAAGCAAGACCCCACCCAUGUUCCUGUGCAUCAAAGUGGGAAAACCAAUGAGAAAAUCUUUUGCCACUCACACUGCAGCCAUGGUCCAGCAGUACGGCAAACGGAGAAAGCAGCCAGAGUACUGGUUUGCCGUUCCUCGGGAGAGGGUGGAUCAUUUGUACACAUUCUUUGUUCAGUGGUCUCCUGAUGUGUAUGGGAAAGAUGCCAAAGAGCAAGGCUUUGUGGUGGUGGAGAAGGAAGAACUGAACAUGAUCGACAACUUCUUCAGUGAGCCAACAACUAAGAGCUGGGAGAUCAUCACUGUUGAGGAGGCAAAGCGCAGGAAGAGCACGUGCAGCUACUAUGAAGACGAGGAUGAGGAGGUGCUGCCUGUCCUACGGCCCCACAGUGCGCUCCUGGAGAAUAUGCACAUCGAGCAGCUGGCCCGACGCCUUCCUGCAAGGGUGCAAGGGUAUCCAUGGAGACUGGCCUAUAGCACGUUAGAGCAUGGGACCAGCUUGAAGACGCUCUACCGGAAAUCGGCAUCACUAGACAGUCCUGUCCUAUUGGUCAUCAAAGAUAUGGAUAAUCAGAUUUUUGGAGCAUAUGCAACUCAUCCUUUCAAGUUCAGUGACCACUAUUAUGGCACAGGCGAAACUUUUCUAUACACAUUCAGCCCACAUUUCAAGGUCUUUAAGUGGAGUGGAGAAAAUUCAUAUUUUAUCAAUGGAGACAUAAGUUCUUUAGAACUUGGUGGUGGAGGGGGACGAUUUGGUUUAUGGCUAGAUGCUGAUUUAUACCAUGGACGAAGCAACUCUUGCAGCACUUUCAAUAAUGAUAUUCUUUCCAAAAAGGAAGACUUCAUAGUUCAAGAUCUGGAGGUGUGGGCAUUUGAGUGAAAUUCAGACUGCCUUAAAAUAUAACAUUUAAAAGACUGGGUUCGACCAGCCCUCCUAAAGCUGGCUGGAAAAAGAAGCCCCAGCCCAGGUUGCCUCAUCCCACCCCAAUGCUUCCUUUUUGCCAUCAUCUCAGAGCAUGAUCACAUUGCAGAAAGAUUCUGGAAGGUCCACGUGGAGGGCAGACACUGAAGAAAGAAACUGAAAAUCCAGGUUGUUGAAAAGACUUUGUACUUCCACUUCCUUCAAAUCCAUACGGUGAGGAAUCAGAGUGUUUAUGGAUAUAUGAGUUGAAUGCAAUUUUUAUUUUUGGUAACUGUGAAAAAAAAGAUACUGUGGAUAUAUACAUGCCUUGUGUAUUUAUCAGCAUAAUUUUCAUUACCAAAAUGUACAGCUAUUAUUUGCCAUGGAAAAGGUUAGUCUCAUUUAGAAAAAUUGUAAGUGCACAGCACUUAAAGGGAAUAUAUGAAGUUUUUUUUAAAAAAAAAAAAAACUUUUAUUUAUUAUUUGUAGUGUAUUGUCUGAAAUGUGUCAGCAGGUUUUUUUUCUUUUAAUGUGUCAAAUCUUGAAAUAUUAAAUGUAUACAUUUUGUGCUAUGUUUUGGGAACAAAUCUGUUUGAUUUAUAUAGUUUUAUAUUGAAUUUUUUUUUUGCCCUGAUUGUUUAGGGUGAUAGGUCUUAAGCAGCAUAUAUCUAUGUAUCUGUAUGUGGAUAUAUAAAGAUAUAUGUGUGUGUGUAUGUAUAUGUACAUAUACAUAUAUAUGAGUGUAUAAUUCUAAAUUUCUAAAAACUCAUUAUGAAUGUUCAUCAAUUUGACUAUUAUAGGCCAGCUUUCCAUUUAGUCAAUAAAAGGGUACAUUUUUAGUUACUUACCUUGAACAUAUUCGUGUGAAAAAGAAUACAUCAUUUCUCACAGUCUUAAGUUGAUAUUUAUAGAAAUGAAUACCUUUGUGAACCUAGACUUAGAACAAAUCCUGCUUUUGAAAAAAGAAAAUGUUUUGCUUCUUAUAAAAUCAUGUGUGUUAAUAACAAAAACUUUAUUUUCGGAAUGUUCUUUGUAUAACUUUUCCAAGCUUUUACAUUAAUGAGCAGGCCUCUGUCUUAAAAGAGACUCAGUAUAUUAAUUUCUGCAUUUUUAAAAUCAAAUGAAAAACGUCAAAUUGGACCAGUUGUCUUGGUUUGUAGAUUCAUUUAUUUGAGGAAAAAAAUACAAAGAAAUGCAUUCAUAUCAAAAUUGGAAUAGAAAGGAAACCCUAUUUUUAAGAUAUCAACUUAUUUUCACAUCAUAAAACAUCUAUUACAUAAAAUAAAGGGCCGGGCACGGUGGCUUUUGCCUGUAAUCUCAGCACUGUGGGAGGCCGAGGCAGGUGGAUCACUCAAGGUCACAAGUUUGAGACCAGUCUGGCCAACAUGGUGAAACCCCGUCUCUACUAAGAGUACAAAAAUUAGCCGGGUGUGUGACGGGUGCCUGUAAUCCCAGCUACUUGGGAGGCUGAGGCAGGAGAAUUGCUUGAACCCGGGAGGUGGAGGUUGUAGUGAGCCAAGAUCGUGCCACUGCACUCUAUCCUGGGUGACAGCAAGACUCUGUCUCAAAAAUCAUAACAAUAAUAAUAAUAAAGACCUAACCAAUAUUAUUGAUUACCAGACUUUUAUGAAAGCCAAAGACUGCUUGCUAGUAGGAAAAAAAUUCUAAUAACAGCCAAAGCUGAAAAAUGGUCUGUCAUAAAUUAUUUCCCCGGUAAUUUUUGAAAGGAAAAAAUUUAUAACGAGUACUAUUUGCAUAUCCGCAUUUAAAAAAACAAUUCUUAGAAUAUUUCCUUUACAUUAUUCUCCUAUUUUAGACAAUUUGUAAAAGAGAACAAAUUGUCCAGUGGCCUCCUGUCAGAUCAACAAUUAUUAUAUUCCUUACAUUCCAUGCAAAUGUAAAUGAAUGCUAGAAAAUUUUAAAUCUGUAGCCUGGGCGUACGUUUCACUCAAGCUCUCCUACUGAGACUCUUGACUAACAGCAUACUGACAGUUUCACCUUAGCCUGCUCGCUAAAUAAUGUGUUGGUGUGAGAUAUCAGGAAUGUCUCAUGAUAUCACGUUUACCAUUUACACCAUCUGCAACCAUAUGCUAUUAAUAAAUAAAAUGGAAAAAAACAAAAUGGUCAUUUUGCAUAUACUUCACUCUGACCUAGUUUAGUCCAUGAUACUAUAAUUGUGAGAGCAUAUCCACAUGCUGUGUUCUCUAUGUAAAACAGUAUUGUCCAUUCAAAAAUGUGUGACCCUUCAUUUAUGGAUAUUGACUAUAUGUAAUGCAGUGCUAUCCCAAUAUUUUCAAUAAAGGAAUUUAUGCAUUCAA